UCGAGCGAGGGAACAAGAGAGCAACCAACAUCUCCAUUCCAACCUUUGCACGUCUCGAUGGAUUGGCAAAAGUCGGAACCCAAGAUAAUUGACGCUCGACUCGGAUUCUCCCUUUGCGAUCGCCAGCCACGCAUUGAAUGACAAGAGCACGCCGACAGCCCCUACGCUCAAGAUUCCUACGAGACGAGCUCCUCCAGGUGUUCCUUCGCCUUCGUUGCAUUCCCCUGGGCCGGGAAGUGGGCAUUCGCAAGGACAGGCGCAGGUUCAGGGGGAUUGGAGGCAGCCUCACGGGCCCGGGCCUCAUCCGCAACAACAACAGCAACAGCAGGGUCAUCCAGGACCGAUGCAGAGUCCAGGAGGGAGUGGAGGUUAUGGGUUGAGAGAGGGUGCGAGGGAUGCUUAUAUGGGAGCAGGAGCGUAUGAUUCGAGGACGGGGAGGUAUGGACCUAGUGCUACGCCGGCGUUUCCACCUCAACAUCAACAACAAUAUCAACAACAACCGCAACAACAACAAGGAGCUGGCGGACCUCAGGGAGGGUAUGGGUCGCCUCAGACUCAGUCGAGGCAGCCGGGAGGCUAUGGACAACCUUACCCACAGCCGCCGUAUCAGCAACCACCGCAACAGCAACAACAGCGACCCGUUACAGCUCAACCACCGCCUCCACAAGCACCUACAGGUCCUUACCCUCUCGUCGAACGUCCUUCCCGCUCUCCUCAACCUGGUCAACAACCCCAACACCAUCAACAAGCAUACCCCUACGCUUCAUCCCCGGCCGCAACAAGCCCUCCACAGUAUCCAAAUCCGACCUCAUCACCCUACGCCCCCCAUCACACUCAUACUCCCUCUCCAGCUCAACUAGCAAAUGCCUCGGCGGCUUCCCCGGGAUAUUACCAGACGACGAGUCCGGGUGCGAGCGGGCCGAUCCCUACGGUGGUGAAUCCGAAUCAGUUGCAGACUCGCCCGCCGGCCCAAGCACAAGGACAGGGUCAGGGGGGACAGGCGCCGAGAAGACAGGAUUCGAAGGAUAGUGCCGGUGGGCAAGAGUUGUGGGAGAUGUUCUCGUCGAUGGAUCUAAGGCGGACAGGGCAGUUGGGGAAUAAAGAGGUCAUGGAGCUCUUGUCCAGGGAUUCUCGGUGGAGGAUCACGCCCAGGGAAGAUUGCGUCAAGAUGCUUAUGAGUAUCUUCGAUAGCGACCGAAGUGGCUUCAUUAGCUUUAGCGAAUUUGAAGGUCUAUGGGCAUAUAUCAAGGAUUGGCACAAGAUCUUCUUGCGGUUCGAUCGUGAUAAUUCUGGAACGAUCGAUCGGAGCGAAUUGGACCAAGCUUUACAAAGCUUUGGGUAUCCUUUACCGAGGGAUCUCGUGAGGAAGCUCGAAAAGCGGUUCGGUAAGUCUUCACCACAUAGCGGAGGCUCGGUACCGCGUGGAAUCACUUUUGACAGGUUCUUGAUGGCCUGUGUUACUGUCAAGCAUUUUACGGAGGCUUUCCGCCGGAGGGAUGCGAGAAACGAGGGAAAACUGACGAUCGACUAUAAUACAUUUGUGAGCCCAGCUGACGCUCCAACCAAGGCUGCAUCGUGA